CUCAGCCCCGGCGCCGGCCGCGCUGUCAUUUCCGGGGGGGAGGAGGCCCCGCGCCGGCCGGGCGGGCGCCGCGGGAGCAGGUCCGUGGAGGCACCUCCGGCGGAAGGGGACUCCUGCAGGGAACGAUGGCGUCUCCUCGCUGACCCCCGCCAGACCUGCUCUCCUUGGCAAGCGAGAGAGCGGGUCGGGACGGAAGGUCAGAGGCCACCAUGAAGCUCAAGCAGCGUGUCGUGCUCUUGGCGAUUCUCCUGGUCAUCUUCAUCUUCACCAAAGUGUUUCUGAUCGACAACCUGGAUGCGUCGGCUGCCAACCGGGAGGACCAGAGGGCUUUCCAGCGGAUGAUGGCGGGCCUGCGGGUGGAGCUGGCCCCCAAGCUGGACCACACCUUACAGUCCCCCUGGGAGAUCGCCGCCCAGUGGGUCGUGCCCCGGGAGGUGUACCCCGAGGAGACGCCAGAGCUGGGGGCCAUCAUGCAUGCCAUGGCCACCAAGAAAAUCAUUAAGGCCGACGUGGGCUACAAAGGGACACAGCUGAAAGCCCUGUUGAUCCUUGAAGGGGGGCAGAAAGUGGUUUUUAAACCAAAGCGGUAUAGCCGGGACUAUGUGGUAGAGGGGGAGCCUUACGCGGGCUAUGACAGACACAACGCCGAGGUCGCGGCCUUCCAUUUGGACAGGAUUCUGGGUUUCCGCCGUGCCCCCUUGGUGGUCGGCCGAUUUGUCGAUCUCCGGACAGAGGUGAAGCCAGUCGCCACCGAGCAGCUCCUGAGCACGUUCCUGACUGUGGGGAACAACACCUGCUUCUACGGGAAGUGCUACUACUGCCGCGAGACUGAGCCAGCCUGCGCAGACGGUGACACCAUGGAGGGCUCCGUCACGCUCUGGCUCCCCGACGUGUGGCCCCUGCAGAAGCACCGGCACCCCUGGGGUCGGACCUACCGAGAGGGCAAGCUGGCCAGGUGGGAAUACGACGAGAGCUACUGUGAUGCGGUGAAGAAGACCUCCCCCUACGACUCAGGCCCGCGCCUCCUGGACAUCAUCGACACGGCCGUCUUCGACUACCUGAUCGGCAAUGCCGACCGCCAUCACUACGAGAGUUUCCAGGACGACGAGGGCGCCAGCAUGCUCAUCCUGCUGGACAAUGCCAAAAGCUUCGGGAACCCCGCGCUGGAUGAGAGAAGCAUCCUCGCCCCUCUCUAUCAGUGCUGCAUCAUCCGGGUCUCCACUUGGAACCGCCUCAACUACUUGAAGAACGGGGUGCUGAAGACAGCCUUCAAGUCCGCCAUGGCCCACGACCCCAUCUCCCCCGUGCUCUCGGAUGCUCACCUGGACGCCUUGGAGCAGCGGCUGCGGAGCGUACUGGCCACCGUAAAGCAGUGCACCGACCAGUUCGGGCUGGACACAGUGCUGGUGGAGGACAGGAUGCCACUGUCACACUUGUAGCUGCCACGCAUGCCGGCGGCACUGAUUUCCCAGGGAAAGAAACAGCACAAUCCCCGCCCCAGCUGCCCGGGACAGCAGCCGGCUGCCGUGAGCUCGAGGGACGGGAUGGGGACGGGGCCCGGCGUUUCUCGGGUGUUUGCUAUUGCAGAAGCUCAAGCAGAGACUCUGCAUCGCAGACGAUGGGAGCGUUCCUGCUGAUACGCCUGUCCCCUCGGCCCGGGCACCUUCCGGAACGGACCUCACAGAGGGUCAUGCCAAAGGACAAACUGAGGGGUGGCCUGGGCCGUGCUCCGGCUGGGACUGGAGUUCCGCCUUCCCGACCUUUCUCCACGCCUGUGGAUUUCCUGGGAAUCUUCUGCAGUCUCUUAAGUCCUUCACAGAGACUAGUCAGCCUGAGGCGCGGGACAGGUGACACU